CUUUCCGAGGACCUUCUUAAAGCGGCGAUCAGAGAAAAAAAUACUGCUACGACUCAGAAAAGAGAGAACGUGUAGACAAGUAUUUCAGAUUACUCAGAGAUAUUUUUGUCGUAUUAAGACCGUAUAGUUAUUUAAAGUCACCCUAGUGCUGUUUGUUUCUUCCCAUUACCGCAACAACCCAGCCGGUGUACGAUUUGUGGGUGGGCUUUAUCCCAUUCCCCAGCUAGUUGGCUAGCUAGCUAGCUAAGGGGCUAGAUUAGCUAGCUAGCCGACGAACGUCAACUAUAGCUCAACCACUUUCCUACACAGCCGGCAUACCGCUGAAAUCAAUCAACGUGCUAAUUGGAUUGUUGGGACUUUCCAGCUCUCGUCGUCGCCAGAGUCAUCGUUUGCCUGGAAGCUGUUUGUCUGAAUCUGCAAUCUGCCAUGGACGGUGACGCUUGUGUUGAAGAGAAGAUUGGAAGUGGUGAUGAUGUGGAUCAAGUUACAAAACCAGCAACAGCUCUACAUAAAUACACCAAGGAGGAGCUUCUUUAUAUAAAAGAUCUACCCAUCUCCAAUGAAAGGCCAGAAUGUCUCUCAGAGAAAUACGACAGUGAUGGCGUCUGGGACCCUGAGAAGUGGCGUGCCUCACUAUAUCCCACCUCAGGACGCAACUCUCCGAUGGACUCUUUUAAAAAGGAUUUUUUGGAGGACAGAGUUCCACUGAAACGAAGAAUCCCAGAUCCGCGUGAGCGGCUGAAGGAGGAUGAUUUGGACGUCAUAUUGAGCCCACAGCGUCGCAGCUUUGGGGGCGGCUGCCAAGGCAAUGCUGCACCUUCUGUCCACGCCUCCCGACCAAUCAGCCCUCUUGAAAACAAGGAGAAUGAGAGUCUCCGUUUGGGAGGGACCCGCAGAAUUGGAAGCGGCCGCAUUAUUGCUGCCCGAGCCUUUGAGCGAGAAGCCCGCCUCGAGGAGAAGAGGGAACGGGAGCGAGACUUCAAGGAUAAAAGAUUCAGGAGAGACAGAGACUUUGGAGACAAACGUGUGUUUAGUGAAAGGAGAAGGAAUGACUCGUAUGCUGAGGAGGAACCAGAGUGGUUCUCUGCUGGUCCUACAAGCCAGUCUGAGACCAUCGAGCUCAUUGGAUUUGAUGAUAAAAUACUGGAAGAUGACAGACGCAGCAAGUCAAGGCGCUCAAGGAAGAGGACAGAGUCUGUGAAGGAGGUGGUGUGCAAUGGACUUUCAGAAGAGCAAGAAGUGAAUCUGCGUGCUACAGCUGAUCAGGAGGUUCCUCACCCAGAUGUGCUGACAGAGCAGUCAACUGGAGACUUUGACUUCAAUGAAUUUUUUAAUCUGGAGAAGACCAUGCCUGGAUUGGCAUCUAUGAUCGAGGAUGUUUUAGGGGAAGGACCUGUAUCAGCAAGCCGCUUCAGUCAAUGGUUCUCCAGUAACUUGAGCCCUUCGGGCAGCCACUCAAGCAGUCUGAGGUCCACUCCGCACGAGGAGCUAGAAAAACUAGCAGGACUUGAAGGCCUUGGGACAUCCUCAGGUCAAGGUCCCGCUUCAUACUUCACACCCAUUCAAUCGGAGGGCAAAGAGAAGGUGGACAUACUGGAACUGCUGCACAAGGCCAAAAUAGACCUAAAGCCUCUUCUCUCCACCCUUUCUGUCAACAAGGCUCGCCUACGGGAAAGCACUCACUCUGGAGCAGUGCUGUCUCUGGAGGAGGUGGAGGGGGAGAUGAAGGGCCUGAAACUAUGCUCACAACCAAAUGUGCAAAAGGUAGCCCCACCAAAAAGAGGAAAUGGGACACCCUUCAUGGCCGAGCAUUUAGAGGAGGCUUUGACUGGUGGCCCCAGUGUCCGCCCACGCCGGCGUGACACGGACAUGUCCGCUUUUAAUAAACUGGUCAGCAGCAUGAAGGCAAGUGGAACUCUACCAACUCAUCCAAAAUCCAGCUCAAGCAAUCCACCUUCAGACCAGUCAGUGGUGUCCCGAACUGAAGCUAAGAUGCCUCCACAGCAGCCAAAAAACAUAUUCCAGGAGCUCCUUGGAGGGCCGACUCGUAGUCGUUCACCAACACUACUUGGCAACCUUUUGGGCAACUCUGAAGUUCCACCGGCUCCCAACACUCUACAUGGCCUGCUGCACAAGCCUCCAUCCCCACCUCUCUUUCCACAGCGAGCACUCUCACCUGACUACUUCAACAGUCGGUUACAGCAUUCAGCAGGCUUAUCUGUUGGUCCUCAACCCAUGACGCCUGAACAAUUUGCUGAUGUACACCGGUCUGUCAGCCCUGUAUCUGCAGCCCAGCAGCAGAUGAGGGCGCUCUCCAUGCCAGUGAAUCAUGCAGAUCUGGAGGCACUAGCAUUUCAACAGGAUCUUGCACUACAUGCACACCACCAAUACCAGUCUGGCUACAACAGGCUGCCACAGGACACAUGUUUUCGAAAUCGUCCACAGCGACUUAACCGCUCACCUGGCCCAGGUGCCCAGCCCGCAGGAAGAAGUUCACCUGGCAAUGCCGUCACCAGUAUGUUGUCUCCAUCAUUUACGCCUACAUCAGUGAUACGCAAAAUGUAUGCGACUAAAGAGAAAAGCAAAGAUGAUCCUUCGGGUCGAUCGGAGAUCAAAGAGGAGGCAGCAGCACAAGAUGAAAACUCUCCUAAUCUACACCUGGAUGCAAUGGAAAGGAAUAAUGCCCAGUCUGGUGGAAUGAACUCCACCUCUCAGAGCUUGGCAAGCAAGGACCAGGAGCGACUCCGACCUCUUUCUGCUGGACAUCAUACAGCUACCACGACACUUCCAGGACCAUCCUCCACUUUCCCUCGUUCUAUCUACCCGGUACCACUACUAUCCCAUGUACCAAUGGUGCGCCCUCCUCCCCAGCUCCACCCCAAUGUGGUUCAACAAAUGCUUGCACAGGGAAUUCAACCGCAGCAGCUAGCACCUACACUUGUCCAAGGUAUAUAUCCACAUGACCUUGCACAACUUCAAGGCUUGCCCCCUACAAUACUUGGCCAACCGAUGUACCCUCUCAGCGCAACAGGAGGGCACCCGCUUCUACCUCCCAGAGCAAAUAGUCAGAUGCAGCUGGCAGUAAUGCAGCAGCAACUUCAGCAGCAGAGACAGAUGCAUCCAAUCAUCCCGGGCUUACAGUCUCAGAGCCAAGGGCCCCAUCGAACAAAUGGUCCCCAGCGGCACGGCAGGAGCCCCCCUCCAGGCCUGUCUAAGUGGUUUGGCUCAGACGUGCUGGAUCAACAACUCCCCUCCAUGCCAGCUAAGGUCAUAAGUGUAGACGAGUUGGAGUUUCGGCCAUAAGAAAAUGAACAGAGGUGGACUGCAAAAUAUUAUUUCACCUUUCCCCAUUUACUUUUCCUGAUCAAUGCAUUUAAAAUGUGAACUUUAAUUUGAAAGAUGCUGCACACACCUGCACUGUCUUUUUGACUCCAAGCUCUUUAGGAUUAACAGAAAAUGGAAGAUUUGUUCCUUCAGCUAAGUGACUAUUUUGUUGUCCCUCCUUUUUGUAUUAGACUCUAGUAGUAAACUUGGGAGUAAGUUAUGUAUAUUCACAAUUGUACAAAUGAUGGGAACUAUUUUGGUCCCCCUGUAUAUAGCAAUGCUUUCUUUUUCUAGGUAUAGAGGAGGUGAAAGUAUUGUGCAGUGUAAAUGCUGUAAAGACAGUCACUGUGAGCUUGUAGCACUCUUUCUCCUUGACUUUCAUUUUCCCCCUCAAGAACUGCACUGAGAGCUACUGCAAGUGAUGGACGAGGUGAUUAUGCUGUGUACACUUCCCUUGGUCCUGGCUCUGUUCUCUAGAUGUGACGAGCUGGAUCAUUUCGAAACGACUCCGAGACUGCUGGUUGUGCCUUCUGUGUAACUGUUUUGAAUUUCCUUUGAAACUUGGUCCUCUCCCAUCAACCUGCCACAAGAAGAGGCAGGAUCACAAUUUUUGGAGGUGUAGGGGACAUUAUUUUUUGUGCUAUUAAGUUAUAAAGCACAUAUAGACUUAAAUAAAAUUGUGACUAAAUCAUUGGUAUAAA